AUGUGUACAGUGUACAGUGAACAUGUGAUGAAUAUUGUUACAAAAACAGUGAACUUCAUUAGAUCGCACGGAUUAAAACAUAGACAAUUUAUAGAAUUUUUAAAUGAAAUUGAAUCGGAACAUAAAGAUGUUUUGUAUCAUAACCAGGUUAGGUGGUUAAGUCGAGGAAAAGUAUUAAAACGUUUUUUUGACCUUCGGCAGGAAAUUCAAAUAUUUAUGAUAGAAAAAAAUAAACCAGUAGAAGAAUUUGAAAACGAACAAUGGAUGUACGAUCUUGCUUUCUUAACUGAUAUUUCUGCUCAUUUAAAUGAAUUAAAUCUUAAACUUCAAAAACAAUCAAAAACUAUUUUCGAGCUUAUAAGUGAUGUAAAAUCGUUUGAAAUAAAAUUACAACUUUUUAAAAACCAAAUAUUAAAGCAAAAUUUGUUACAUUUUAAAACGUGUCAAGAAAUUAAACAAAAUUCUUUAAUUGACGUUCCGACAAAUCAUUUUGUGAGUAUGUUGGAACAAUUAUCAAAAGAAUUUGAAAACCGUUUCCAAGAUUUCAAAUCACAUAUGACUUCAUUUCGGCUGAUUGAAAAUCCAUUUCUGUCUGAUGAAAAUAAUGUUCAUGAAACUGUUCAACUUGAACUUAUUGAUUUAAAAACAAAUAAUCAUUUGAAAGAUUUAUAUAAAGAUAUCACAGAUAAAAAUACAGAUUUAAUACAUUUUUAUAAGACUCUUACUGAUGAUUUUCCAAAAAUUAAAGAAUUAUCAAUGCGUAUAUUUACAUUAUUUGGUUCUACUUAUAUUUGCGAACAAACGUUUUCACGCAUGAAUUACGUGAAAUGUUCAGAAAGAUCUCGUUUGACUGAUGAACACUUACACUCCUUAUUAAGAAUUGGCGUUACACAUUUCACUCCAAAUAUUGAAAGAUUUGUUAAAGAAAAACAAGCCCAAAUUUCACACUAA